AUGUCUCGCAAAUCAACUAUGCAGCGAGUCGAGGUUGACGUUCUCGUAUGCGGCAUGGGCCCCACAGGUCUAGGUGCCGCAAAACGUCUCAAUCAAAUUAAUGGCCCUUCGUGGCUCAUUGUCGAUUGUGCAGAUAAGCCAGGCGGUCUUGCUGGGACAGACACUACCCCAGAAGGAUUUCUGUACGAUGUGGGAGGGCAUGUCAUAUUCUCCCACUACAAGUACUUCGACGACUGCAUAGACGAGGCCUUGCCCAAGGAAGAUGACUGGUACACCCACCAGCGAAUUUCCUACGUACGGUACAAAGGACAAUGGGUACCAUAUCCGUUCCAGAACAACAUUUCCAUGUGUCCCAAGGACGAUCAGGUCAUAUUCGUCGAGGGUCUGAUUGAUGCAGCUCUAGAAGCAAGAGUGAGCAAUACCAAGCCCAAGAACUUUGAUGAGUGGAUCGUCCGGCAGAUGGGUGUCGGUAUCGCUGAUGCGUUCAUGCGUCCCUAUAACUACAAGGUAUGGGCCGUGCCUACGACAGACAUGCAGUGUCAAUGGCUUGGAGAGCGUGUCGCUGCACCGAAUGUCAAGCUGGUGACAAGCAAUGUGAUCCAAGGCAAGACAGCUGGCAAUUGGGGACCCAAUGCUACCUUCCGUUUCCCAGCUCGAGAUGGCACGGGCGGUAUCUGGACCGCCGUUGCUGACACCAUACCUGAAGAAAAGAAGCGAUUUGGUAAGAAAGGCUCUAUCAAGGCCGUUAACGCCGACCGAAAGGAAGUACUCAUGGAGGACGGUACGCUAAUCGCCUACAAGCGCUUCGUAAACACCAUGAACGUGGAUCAACUUGCUGACAGAAUGGGCGACGAAAAACUGGCCGGCUUGUGCGAGCAACUCUACUACAGCAGCACCCAUGUCAUCGGUGUUGGCGUUCGAGGAGCGAGACCAGAGCGUAUUGGCGAUAUGUGCUGGCUCUACUUUCCCGAAGACAACUGCCCGUUCUACAGAGCUACUAUCUUCUCGAAUUACUCACCUUACAACCAGCCGCAGAAGGACGUGAAACUUCCUACUCUGUACAAGGCUAACAGUUACGGAAAGGGUGGUUCGGAGCCCAAGGAGGGCCCGUACUGGUCCAUCAUGCUUGAAGUUUCCCAAUCGUCCAAGAAGCCUGUCGACGAAGAGAAUCUGCUUCGGGACUGCGUUCAAGGGUUGAUCAAUACUGAGAUGCUCAGACCUGAAGAUGAGAUUGUAUCGACAUACGUCCGCAAAUUUGAGCAUGGAUAUCCAACUCCGUCACUAGAACGAGACGGUGCAUUGAAGCAGAUCUUACCAUACUUGCAGGAGAAGGGUAUCUACAGCAGAGGCCGAUUUGGUAGCUGGAAAUAUGAGGUCGGUAACCAAGAUCACUCUUUCAUGUUGGGCGUGGAAGCUGUUGAUUCAAUUGUCAAUGGCUCGGUCGAAUUGACCCUCAACUACCCAGACUUCGUCAAUGGUCGACUCAAUACCGAACGACGACUUGUUGAUGGCGCUCAGGCCUUUGCCCAAGAGACAGCUGGAAAGAAAAACGUCGCAGUUGGCCGCCGGAUGACUGGUGGAAAGGCCGACCUAGGUGGACGAGUCGAGACAACGACACCCAUCGCUCACAUACCAGCUGCCACGAUACUUCCCAAUGGUAGCUCCAAAUAG